AUGAAUACAAAUAACGAAGAUCUUGUCGAACCAAGUACAAGUCCGAAUGACAUGAACACGGAAUCUUCAACUACAGCUACAACCAGCAGUAGUAGUAAUAGUACCAGUACAAUCACCGAUUCCACCGUGAGCCUUCCGUUCCAAAAAGCAGAAACAUCAGUCCCUGAAGAACAACCUCAUCAAAUUGCCCAAAAUGGUCAAUCACACGACAGUGUUACGUUGGACUCUUCUCAUGAUAGCUCCACUUCCAAUACUUCUUCAAACAUCAACAAUGCAGAGGAUCCCUCUAAAAAGAGGCCUACUUCUGCGGAGAGACCACGAAAAGCACUUCCAAGACCCAAUCGUGUUCCAUCCGACGUUUUUACCUUUGAUCCAGAACUUCAUGAAGAAAGUCUUGGAAAGAAGAAGGGAGCUGAAUUUCUAAUGGAUCAUGGCGAUUCUUCAUCCAAUGAUGCAACAACAACAAGUAGCACGGAGGAAAAUUUAACAAGUCAACAACAACAACAUCAAAUGACACCUCCUGUAAAAGUCAAUCAGAGACGAUGGAGCCACAAACGGUCAGCCUCUGAGGCUUAUUCCUUCACUACUCCACCAUCGGCAUCGAGUAUUAUCAGCACUACUCCAUCGACACCACAACUUUUGCCAUCCUCAUCGACAGCCACAACCUCUACAACUGGAGGAUCACAAGAAAAGACAAAUUCGGAAAGUUCUCGAAAGAAAUUUACACUUUUUGGAUUUACAUUUGGUUCCUCUUCUUCGAGUAGUGGUCACAAUAAGGGUGGUUCAAGCUUGCAUUCGUUGGCACCGAACGUGUCAAGCUCAAGUACACCAACAUUGGCUACCUCUCCUAUUACUUCUUCAACAAGUACAUGCUCCGAUACGCUACAAAUUACUUCCUCUGUCACAUCAUCAUGCAGUGACAAUACUCCCACUUCUGAGUCAAACAGCAAUGAGGUCAAAAAAGUUGUACAACUCGACGAGGAGACCAUGAAAAAGCGACAAGGAGUUCACAUGGCAACCCCUCUCAAUAAUUUCAUUUCGGACGAGCAACCCUCUCAACGAAAUACUAAUGAAAUUGAUUUACUUGGAUUUUUAAAAACCGCUUCAUUGGAUGAUAACUCUCUUGGAAGACCAUCAUCAGCAAGUGAAAUGGACAAAACCGAUAUUUCCACAAACAGAGAAACAACAACCUCUGGUUUAAAGACGUUUUUGGACAAAAUGCGAGGAAAAAGUAUUUUCACAACAAAAAUUUCGAGUCCAGUUCCAUUCAGUGAGCAAGAAUCUGUCAAUGAAAGUAAUACAGGAAGUUCAACUUUAUCUACAACUCCUGUAAACGAUGAUAGUAUCUCAGUAAGCCAAAAAGCUCCAAAGAAGCUCUCUGAAAAAGAAAUGAGACGGCUAAAAUUAUUGGAAAGAGAGAACAAUCAAAAAGAAAUGAUGGACAAUAUUCUUGAGAAGAUCAAUAAGAAUGGCGAGUCAUUUGCCCAUCUUUCAUUUUUCGAUGAAAAUGAUCAAGAAUGGCAAUACAUUGGAUAUAUUCAAAAAUAUGAUUCUUCAAUGACUGAUGAUGAAAUUUACAUGAUGUAUGCACUAAUGGGCGUGGGAGCUGGUGAAGAUGGAGGAGCGUCAGCAAAAAAAGAGAAAGAUGUAAAAGAUUUCUCAGGAGGAAUCUAUGGAGAUUCAUGUGUUUGUCCAGUUUUGAGUCGACUAUGCGGAAGAGGAGAGUUACGAUAUCCAAAUGGAAGUGUCUACGAGGGUGACAUUAUUCGAGGAAAACGUCACGGAUUUGGUAAAAUGAUUUUUCCUUACAAGAGCACAAUACCUACCACGUCUAAAAAGUCUUCGGCCCAAACGGAGCAAGCUCCUCCUACUGCCAUUGCUAUAGGCCAAUGGGUUUGUAACAAUCCGUCUGAGGCCAUACCAUUUAAAGUCACCUAUUCGAAUGAGUUGGAAUAUUGGGGAACUUUUCGUGCUAAAGCAAAACUAUCUUCUGCCUAUACGAUUGGUAUCAAUGACCUCGAAAAGCACAAGGAGGGAGAAUUAUAUCAUGUCAUUGAAAAUAAGAAAUAUUUUGGAGGUUUUAAAGAGGAUUUAAAAGAUGGCUUUGGAGUUGAAGUGAUGGCCAAUGGUGAGCGAUAUUAUGGAGGCUGGAAAAAUGGACUUUAUCACUACACUGGUACCUAUCAAUACAUUGACGGAACUUACUAUCAAGGAGAGUUCAAACGAGGUUCACGAAAAGGUAAAGGAAAGCUCUAUCUUGCCACUGGUGACGUCAUUGAAGGUACAUGGAACGGAGACAAGGUGGAGAGUGCCGUCUUUAAGAAAGGAACGGCUAAAAACGUGGAACUUACUCACCUCUUUCAACUUCGAACACAAAUUAACGAGGCAAUCAAGUUAUUCCAAAAUGUGGGUCACAUGGAUGACAACAAUUAUUUACAAUUUUUGAAAAUGACCAAGAAGGAGAACAUUGAACGUCCAGAAUUAGAAAUGAAAUGGAAAUAUUACUCACUCAUGAGUAAGGAAACAUGGAGAAAGGAGAGAGAAAAAUUAACUGAUUUUUAUGGCAAGUAUGAAAAGUAUGACCUCACCGACAAGGUCACCUUCAAAAAUGAGGUGUUGAGACUCCUAGGAGAAAGUAUCAAAACAGAUGGUCCAGCACCUCCGGUUGUGUCAUUUGUGAAGAGCUUUAUCGAGUUCUUUGACAGUCUCUAUCAUGGAAGUUACUAUGCUGGAAAUAAUAGAGGUCAGUCAGGCGCCAGAAAAAUCACCUCUAAAAAAGAUGGCGUCCUUCUAUAUAACGCCAUUGAUGACUUGAAGAGUUACAUUAUUUAUUUGUGUGAUCAGGUAGUUUGGGACUAUUUUGGCAAUGAAAUUUUAAGCUCGAAAUUACUUUCGAAUGGAGGAGGAGCAGCAAAUCAUUCGGGCGAUCCUUCGGAAAUGCAAUUUGUGGAGCAAGAUGAACAAUUUGAUGAGUGUGACGACGAAAUUAUUUUUGGAAAUUCUCAAUCUGUUGGUACCAAUUUCGAAUCGUCUAAAUUGAAAUUUUCAUCCAUGUCGCAAGCCUACAAUUUCUGCAAGACAAUCAUUGCAGAUCAUCUUCACAAAAAACUCUAUUCUACCACAUUUGAACUCUAUGAAUAUCAUUUUAGAGAUCAAGACUUGCUCAUUAACCAGAAAAUUAAUUCGAUUAUUUCCACAUGUAACUUGCAAAACUUUGGAGUGCACAGUGACUUUAUUUCUACCAAUACACCACUCCAUAUAUCCAUGAAAAAAGUUAAAAUUGAAAAUAAGAAAUUGAAGAAACAAAAAGCAGGUCAAGACGAUUUCGAGAAUGUGGAAAGCGAUGAUUGGCAACCUGGUGCUGAUGAUGUGACAUCUCUGUACACUUAUACAUUUAUCAAGACCAAUAUUGGAAAUUAUACGGCACUUUUCAAUUACAUUAACGAUUGGAAGCCUCCACAUACAAGUUUAAGACCAGUUUCUCACGUAAUUUCAUUCUUUGAAGGAUUUUUAAAUUAUAUUGUCGAUUUGGAUCCAAAUUUAACUGUGAAACAAAGCGAACUUGGAGAAAAUAUAGGUGAAAAUUCCGAUGACACCUAUGUAUUUAUUUCAAAAUAUGGACUUACCAAACAGUUGGAGCGUGGUAUUGAAUUGGAAAUUUUCAGAAAUCAAAGCAAAAAGGAAAAGAUUGAACGACAAUUGCAAAAACCAAACCUAACGUCGGAGGAGCUUCAAGAUUUGAACCAACAACAACGUGAGGUUCAGCUCAUUAGUUUUUCAUGGGUAUCUCCUCUGUUACUAUUCGUGUCACUUCAAGUAGGACAUUUCCAAUUGCAAAUUAGUCGAAAAACCGAUCUCAAGUCUUCAUUGAGUGGCAACACAACAACAAAAUUAUUCACAAUUGAUCUUUCAGAUAUCACUACGAGUUCAGAACAAAACAUGGUAGUACCCAUGGUGGACGGCAGUGGCAACAUGUUAAAUCUUGCACAAGCAUUGCUCAAAUAUAGAAAUUUAGUGAAGAAUGUUCUCGAUAAUGCCAAACUAGGAUUUAAUAUUACGCUGAAACACCACCACAAUGGUACUAGUAACAACAAUGACUCCUCAGCACAGGAUUCUACAAAUCACUCAACCAAGUCCGAAUACAUUUCCAUUGAAUUUGACAAGGAACCAUUCCCAAGUUAUGUCUAUUCUGAACUUUCUCUUGAAAUUGCCAAGUUUAUCAAGUUUGAGCUUGAAAACUCUGAUUCUCGUCAGUAUAGAAUUUAA